CUGCACCGAUUGAUCAUUUAUCUUGUAGACAAGAAAGGACUGAGGCGAUUUCCAGCACCAUCCAUAGCGGGUGUCUCAUCUCUCUGGCGUAUCUGGCACAACCAGAGGUUCAAUCAUUAUGAGGCCGUUCAUCAGGCUCACCUGAAGCUUGGUAGCCAUGUUCGCAUCUCUCCAGACCACAUUUCCAUCAGCGAUCCCAGAGCAAUACCGGAUCUUUAUGCUCACGGCAAAUAUAUGGAGAAAGCCGCAUGGUACGAUGCCAUAGCAGCUCCAAAUGCGAGGAACAUGGUCGACGCUCGAGAACCUGAGCACGGGUUCAAGCGAAAACUGCUCGCGCAUGCGUUUGCUCCAAAGACGAUAUUGGAUCUGGAACCUGUGUUCCACCGUGUGACUGCCAAUCUCUUCGCAUACAUGACCGAGAUGGAGAAAGCCGGGGAGGCUGUCAACAUGAAAGAUUACCUGAACUACUUCACGAUCGAUGUUCUAAGUGAGCUUGUCUGGGGCAAGUCCAUGAAUUGCAUACCAAGGCGUACAGACAUGGUCGACAUAGGCUUGAUAGGUGGCAGGCCCGCUCAGGCUCCUUUCGUGUCGUCUGUUUACCAGAUGCAGUUGGUCAACACAAUGGUUGGAUUUAAUUCUUCCCUGACGCUUCAGCUCAAGAAGUGGCUCACCCGAUUCCAUCCAUAUCGCAAAGGCGCAAUCGAUUUUGAUCGGGUCAUCUCAUAUUGGACAAACAUGAGGCAAGAGAGCGAGGAGUCUCCUUCUGAUCUCUUCUCCAAGCUCAUCAGUACUUCGAAAGGAGAACCCACCCGCUUGACUCAAGCUGAAUUGCUAACAGAAGUCAAUCUUCUGAUGUCGGCAGGAACAGACACUUCGACAGCUGCUUUAGAGAAUACGGUCUUUUUCUUGUGCAAACAUCCUGAAAUCCAGAACAGGCUUCGCAAGGAGCUCGAUGAUGCAAUGACUGAGCCAGGAAUACCCAGCUGGCGUACGGUGUCUAAUAUACCAUACCUACGAGCUAUCAUCGACGAGUCGCUUCGACUACGAGCAGCAUCGCGGAUCGGCCUGCCACGAAUCGUGCCACCUGGAGGGCGGGUGAUCGCCGGUCAGUACAUACCGGGUGGCGUGACAGUCUCGGUGCCUAUCUAUACAGUACACUUGGAUCCUGAAUACUUUGAGGAGCCGGAGAAGUUCAACCCAGAUAGAUGGAUCACGGGUGACAAAGUGAAGAUGAACAAAGCCUAUAUGCCUUUCAGUAUCGGGCCGAGAGCAUGCAUUGGCCGCAACAUCGCACUGUUUGAGCAAUUGAUCUUGAUCGGUGCUUUGGUCAGCUCGUUUGAACUUCGGCUUGCGGAUGAGACGCUGGAAUUAAGAUGCCUCGAAAGAUUC